UUUCUUUGUUUUGCUCUGAAAAGAAGUCUUGAAAAAACAGGCCUUAUUUUGUUUUUCUUUGUUUGCUUUUAAUGUGAAAAGCCAAUAAAGGAAUGACGGGUGGAUUCGUCCUUGAUCCGUUUUGUCCGUUUUAUAACCGUGCUUGUCCAGCGUUUCUUUGUCUUUGUGAGAAAAGCAAAGGAGUUUUUAUUUGUGUGCUGGUGGCCAAGAAGCCUUCAAAGAGCAUCUCAGCACUCAAAGCACUCGGCUGCCUUGUGAUGGCAUCACGUGGCGUUGCUGGAAAUGAUGCGGGACGAUGAAGCCUAUAAAAGGGACGUCACCGUCAGACACUCACUCUACUUCCGCCUGGAAGAGACUGACAUCUCCGUUCUUCACGACCGAUCAUCCAACCGUCCUUCCUUCUUCCAGCCCGUUUGGUUCUGAGACGACUCUUCAGCGGACAAGAUGAGAAUGAUCCUUCUGCUGGUGCAGCUGGCCACCUGCUGUGCCAUCGGCUCAGCUCUUCAGUGCCAUUCAUGUAAUCUUGAUGGAACCAAACCUGACAGCUGGGACUGGGUUAAUACAUGUAAACUCACCCAAUGUAAAGCAGGAGAUCAGUGCUUCGUCACCAAAGUGAAAGAUGCAGGCCAGGUCUCCUACCAGGUGGGCUGCAAGGCUGCUUGUAAAGCUGAUGAUAACACUAAGUGCUGUAACAACGCUGAUAAAUGCAACAACUGGCUGGACGUGUCUGCUGCACCAGCAUGGAAGAAUCUGGAGGCCAUCAAGGCAGCUUGCGACUUCAGCAACAGCCAGAACAACCUGAAAGGCUGCGUGAAAGCCAUCUCCUCCACCAAGACUCUCAGCUGCUAUCAAUGUAACCUUGGAGACAGCUAUCUCACCGACUGGAGUAAUACAUGCACCUCCACCCUCGCCCAAUGUCCAAAUGCAGGAGAUCAGUGCUUCAUCACCCAAGAGAAAGAUCAGAGUACAAGCAAGGUCUCCUAUAAGAUGGGCUGCAAGGCCACGUCUGACUGUGACAGUAAUAAUGCUAACACUAAGUGCUGUGACUCUGAUGGAUGCAACAACUGGCUGGACGUGACUGCUGCAAACCAACACUCUACUGUCAAGGCAGCAUGCGACCAGACUCUCACAAACUGCGUGGCUGCCGUCAUCAAGGCCAAGACUCCCAGCUGCUAUUCAUGCUCUCCUGACAUUGGAGCGGACUACUUCAGCAACAACUGGAAUUGGGCUGAUACAUGCAAACUCACCCCCAACCCCACCCCAUGUACAGCAGGAGAUCAGUGCUCCGUCACUAAAGUGUCAGGUGCAGUCACCUACCAGGUGGGCUGCAAGGGUGAUUGUGAAGAAGAUGCUGACACUAAGUGCUGUGAUGCUGAUGGAUGCAACAACUGGCUGGACGAGGCUGCUGCUGCAUGGAAGAAGGUGGAGGACAUCAAGGCAGCUUGCAACUCCACCAUCAAGGACCUGACAGUCUGCCUGAACGCCAUCGACCCAAACUGGAAGGCCAACGUCACCAGUGGUGGGGGGGGGCUGGCUGGUGCUUUGGGCCUGCCUUGGGUCUUGGCCAUCAGCGUGAUUGUGUUGGUGGUGCUGGGCUAACCCCCCAUGCAGCCCCCCCUUCCCCCCCAGCCAUCAGCGUGAUUGUGUUGGUGGUACUGGGCUAACCCCCCAUGCAGCCCCCCCUUCCCCCCCAGCCAUCAGCGUGAUUGUGUUGGUGGUGCUGGGCUA